GAAGGAGGGCAAGAGUGAGAGAGAGAGAGAGAGAGAGAGAGAUUAAAAAGGGAAAAAUGGGAGUGAGAGAAGGAGAUGGCAAAGAAAGGAGACAGAGCGUAGGGAGACACAGAAAGGACUUCAACUCUCACUGGGAAAAGGCAGUCAGUGACGAUGCUAGGCGAGAAGCAAACAGCCACAGAUUUUCCCAGUUUCCAAUGAGGACACUCUGCUACAAUGGAAUUUACCGCUGGGAGACAUGAGACAACUAGGUUGGGAUUAAAACAAACACUCUCCCAAAGAGGAGCGACAAAAGAUAAACUGGAUUAGCAACUGAUUCUUGAACAAGAGAUCAAGGCAGAACCUACAAAAAUAGCAAAUGGAGAUCCAGAACAAGUCAAAUUAAGUGCUCUCUACAAUCCAGUGGUAAAAUGUCCAAGUCUUCCCGUCUCGGUCGACCGGCGUUACCAGGAGGAACCCAGAACUGUAGUUUGAGAAAAGACCUCCAAGGUAACCGCUCGUGCAUGUUGCGCAUCGGGGAACGGCUGAUGAGAGCGGGCAGCGAGGGAAACUUGGUCCAAAGACCCUUACCGGCCCAGAACCAGAACGCCAGCAAGUCUUCGGGAUUGGGACAUAAUGGAGCAAAAGUUGACACUUUGGAGGACAAAACCUCAGAUUCUACCAGGAAGCCUUGCAAUGACGGAAACGCAGCAGCAGCGAUUGUCCCCGCUUCUUCCGCUGAGCAUCCGCUCUCAAAGAAACAGCACAUGAACAACAACCUUGGUGAAAGUCCACACUCUGCUGGCACCUUCCCCCGAAGCUAUGCUAGCAGCAGUAGGGAUGGCGACCUGGAGAACCUGCUCAUGCAGCACUCCAAGGUGGAGAAAAAGAAGGAAGUCUUCCUGGAUCACCUGAGGCAGAAGUAUCCGCACCAUGCGGCCAUCAUCCUGGGCCAUCAGGAACGUAUGAGAGAGCAGUUGAGGAACCCACGACCUUCUGAAGGCGCCACCUGCGACAGAGAGAACAUGUCUGACGGAGAGUCUCUGAACAUGACGGUUCCUUUCUCAAGGGGUUGUAAAGCCCGAUCGAGUCUGCCGAUCGGACGGUCGAGCAGUCAUGCAAGAGAGCCAGUUGGUGUGCUGUACCUCCAAUACGGAGAUGAGACGAAGCAGAUCCGGAUGCCUGCGGAGAUCAACAGCGAGGAUACGCUGCGGGCUCUCUUUGUCGCUGCGUUUCCUCAGCAGCUCAGCAUGCAGAAGCUCCAAUCUCCCAACAUGGCCAUUUACAUCAAAGACACGCGUCGCAACGUUUACUUUGAUCUGGAGGAUAUCAGAAAUAUUACAUCCCACUCCUGUCUGAAGGUUUAUCAUAAAGACGCAUCGCACGUGUUCAACCGUCACACGAGGCCUACCAACGCAGACGGAAGGAUCUCCAAAGACAUGCUCUACGGUAACCACAGUCCAGUCCAUAGACUGUCAUCGUCCAGUCGUGGGACGCUUCAGGGCUUGCAAGGCUCCAUGUCUCCACCCAUGGUGCGUUCCAUGCCUUCAUCCCCAUCCAGGAUGGCUUACAGUGGCAGGAGCAGCCAAGCCUUAGUCGGAAUGAUGGACGGUGGCAGCACCACUUUGCCCCGAGACCGGCUAUCCGGCACUGGACGAUCAAGCAGUUUAGGAACCAGCAGUAGUGCGAUACUAGAGAGGAGAGAUGUCAAACCUGACGAAGAUGUCAGCAGUUGCAAGAGCAUGGCCCUGGUGCUCCACGGGGAAGGAGGUCAACGCUACGCAGACGCCUACUCUUCCUCCCUGCAGGAAGGAGGAAGAAACAGCUUUGCUUCCUCUCAGUGUAGUGGUACUUUGUCCCAUCCGGGAGAAAUGCUGGAUUCCGGGCCCGUCGGAAUUCCCGGGGGCGUAAAGCAGUACCGCGCUUCCGUCAAGCCUCUGAUGGGCUACGGGGAUGUCAUGGAGCAGCACACGCAAUCCCUGCACAGACAAAAAAAUCGAAAAUGUGGUGACAGCCAACUUCCUCAAUUAGGAACUCCGCCUCCCUCCCCACAAAGACUGAAUGAAGUCCGUUUGAAUGAAGGACAAAUUAUCGGAGGGGUGGGCCUGGUCUCACCCGAGAGGAUGGCCCCGAUCCGUCGAUCCCUGCGCUGGGAAAAUAACGUGGACACGAUACACAGAAACAGAGGGAGCGGUUCAUCUUCGUCCACUUCGUCCGUCUUCGUGGAUAGCCCGCUCGGCCAAUCGGAAAGGCUCAUUCAGGGUCACAUGAGUGCAUUUGAAGCGCAGAGUGAGCGAAUGAAAGCAAUGGAGGAGCAAAUAGCCAGUCUUGCAGGGCUGGUUCACCAUGCAUUGUCGGUGGGAGGCGAUUUGUCAAAAGGCCUUGUCAGUGAAAGCGCUGGGAAAAGUCAUCCUGUUCUGCCUGAGCCUUCGGUGACCAGUGGCGUAACAGACAUGACUGAUUGCGAGCUUCAGCAGUGCUUGGCACACGUUAAGAACAACGUGUCUGAACUACGACAGCAAUUAAAUCAACUUCGAAACUUACAGUUAUCCCACCAACAAACCAUGAGUUCCAUGUUGCACAUGGCCAGCCAGGAGCUGGUGUUAUUGAUGUGCGAUCGCCUGACUCAAUCCGAGGAGAGGACGUGCGGGCGAAGAGCUGAGUUGGAGGAAGAGAGGAUUCACUAUCUGGCGACAGAGGAACAAAUACUCAAACAGCUCAGUGAACUGGAGGAGUAUGUCAAUCGCUUACAAAGCGGCCCCGUUUCCCUCCCUGGUCAGUUGCCAAUCACUCUGAGAGAUGUGGAAGAGGGAGCAGUCAACCUGCGCAGAGUCGGGGAGACUCUGGCCGUCCUUAAAGGCGAGUUCCCAGAACUGCAGGUGAAGAUGCGCUCAGUGCUCCGGCUGGAGGUGGACGCGGUUCGAUUCCUCAAGGAGGAGCCUCACAAAAUGGACUGUAUGUUAAAAAGAGUCAAAGCCCUGACCGAAGCGCUGAGCUCUCUCCGCAGAUGCGUUUCAGAAUCAACUCCUCCGUCCAGAGGCGCCCAAGCAGAAUGUCCGAAAGCCUCAGAGUCGGACAGAGAGCCCCCGACGAGCCGGAGUCCCCCCGCUUCGCCGAAACCGCAGCCCCGAUCGUUGGGGAAAAGCGCUCAAGCCGUUCCGUCGACUUCUUUGACUUUGCCCGAGCUCAACCGCUCGGCCUCGGCGUCCCCUGCAAUGGCGCGCAGAGGUAAUAUGGCUUCGGCCGCCGGGAUUCAAGCGCACCAGCAUAGCCCUCCGCUCAACCCCACCCAUGGAAAAGACCUACCAACUGUGGCCAAGGUGAGUCCUCGCAGCAGAGAGGGCAGCCCUGCCCUGCAGAAGCCACUUGCUCCUCUACACUCCAAUGAACUUCACAGAUCGAGCGUGCCAGAAAUGACGCAGGAAAGUCACACAACAGAGCAAGUCAAAACCUCUUUGAAAGACAUCGUGCUGAACACGGAUCAAGAACCUACAGGAGGGCGUCUGAGCCAAGAAAGCCAGCCGAGCACCUGCCAAACAUCAAUCGCCACCCAAAAUUUAGAUCUGGUCCUGCAGGAAGCCCAGGCUACUCUGAUGAAGUCCAUUCCCGAUCUGAAUCUACACUCAACUUCCAAGACCGAAAAGGCGAAACCUCUCAACAAGCUACACGCAGCUAUGACAAGUCAGGAUCAAAAAGCAGCGCGACAAAAUGAUGAAGUGCUAUCCUGCCAGCUUAAGCCCUCAGCUUCACUAGCAACAGGGGAAGCGGAAGCGCAAGCAUCAGCGUCUCCGUCGGCCUCUCCGAGUGUGAAACGGAUGGAAAAACCUCGACGGUCCAGCAUGGAGAAGAAGCAGAGCCCUGAUAGUAGUGGACAGUCUCCUCCACCUGUCCCAAGAAGGAUGCAUGCAUCGUCCAUUGGGCAAAUCCCUGGAAAAGCUGGCGAGGUGGUCAAUACUCCCAGGAAAGAAUCACUUGGGCAACAGGGUGUGAGCGACAAACCACCAUCUGUUCUUCCUCAAACGAAACCCCUAAGACACCCACCUGAGGUCAAACCCAAACCCAAAACCUCUGUCGUCUCAGAAAACAAAGAUGAUGAGGAAGAUGACAAAAAUAGGUCCCUGAAAGAAAUGCAGGUGGCAAUUGAAGCAUCAUGCAGUGACAAAUUGCCUGUUGGACAACAAACCCAGAAACAAAUCCUUCCAAUUAGCCACGCAAAAGCGCCACCUGUAGAGUUUUCCAAUAACCAUUCACUGGCUGCUGUAAAUGACAAAUCUGGUGAACCUAGACAAGAUACCGGUGCUCCUGACCAGAAAGAAGAUGGGAACGUUGUCCACGAAAGACCGAUACCCGAGUUAAAUAGCGUAGCCCUGCAAAAUGUUGAUAUCUGUGACAACGUGAAAGAUUCUAGCUUUUCUCUAAGGUUGAAUCAGGAAAUCCUAUAUUCACCGACUACUGAUGAAAAUAAGUUGUUAACCAUCACUGCUCUGCAAAAAGACAAUAACCAAUCGAUUGGCGUUGUAAAACCUGAUCAAAUUGAUAAAGCUGUCGCCAAACAGACACCAAAUGAGAAACCUUUUUGUUUAGAGUUGCAGUUAUCUGGGGACAAAGAAUGCCUAGAUGAAGAAGGAAGUUUGAGUCCUGAUAUUUUGGAUGAUGGAGGACCUCCCCCUCCUCCACUUCCGUCUAGUAAGAUUGCCCAUCAAAUCUCCAAGAUCAGAGUCAAGCUACGGUCUGCAAAUGAAGAUCUGGACAAAACGGCCGAGUGUCAAGCUUACGAGAACCUCGCUUUUCAGGACGGCGAUGAUUGUGACAGCCGGCCCGUCGUUAUCUUAAAUGAGAGUGUGGACUUUGAUUCAGACUGUAAGCGUCUGUCAACUAUCUUUGAAUAUGAUGAGGAUCUUGAGCGGACGGUUCCUUUAGAUGGCGUUGCGGAAGAGAACAAGGAGGAAACGCUGGACAAAGAUGUGAAAAAUACAGGCGUACGCAUCCACAUAUCAGAAAAUCUGGAACAUACGGAUGCUCCACUUGACGAAAACCAAGAUAGCGCCAAAGAAGAUUUACUAAAAAAGGCAGAGACGAACCGUCCGUUUAAAUUCAAGUUCCCCAAAAGCAAAUUAUUGGCAAUUAGCAAGGCCCUACGAUCGAAAACCGCAAAGAAGACUCUUGACGAUGGAAUAGCGACCGAGAACCAGAAGGACAUGGACAAUCUCACAAAACAAGGGUCCGACCUCAAGUCGGAGGUAGAAGAGAGAACCGACGACGCCGUUGGGAGUCUGGACGAGUCCAUUCGGCAGUUGCAAAUCAGCGCGGACGUCCAAAAAACUCAAGACGGAGCUGAUCUUUCAAGCGCUACCAAGCUACCAGGAAGCCCGUCGAAGAGGCCGGCCUCUCACAUCCACAAGAAUUUAAAUUCACCCCAGAGCAAAAGAGUCAAAGCGCAGCUUCCAACCAACACUGUGAAAUCUUCCCCCAAGAAACAGGCUUCCGGUUCUUCUACCCAGCGAACAUAUACCAGGCUACGCCGCUCUUCUGGCUCACCUGAAAAGACGGGCAAAGUCCAGCAGCAGGCUUCCCAGAAGCAACCCAGUCAGGCCGACAGCCGAGGCAGUAAAGCCGCCGGAGAUUGUAUUCAUUUACGUGCGUCUAAGAUCCCGGCCUUGCGCCAUAGUUGCGGGAAAGCCCCUUCGUCUUCUUCUUCUCAGUGCUCAGAUGCCGCAGAUAGCCUCCAGACCUUCUUCUCCUCUUCCUCCUCCUCUUCUUCUGCUUCAUCACCCACCGCUUCUGGGAAAAACUUAGUUCUUUGCCCUCCCCCUUCCGGCGCCUCCCGUUUGUCUCCUCCUUCCAAGCCGGCGCUCUUCUGCCCCCGAGAACAUCGCACCUCAUCCCCGUCCCCGUCCUCCUCCCCUCACAAGUCUUUAAUCCCUUCUCUGAAUCUGAGUCGUCUGCUCCCCUCGUCCGGCAGAGUCUCGUCAGCGUCCCCCGUUAGCGGCGACGGCGGGGGGAAACGUCGGCAGCAGCGUCGCCUGACGCUGGCCACCGCCACCGCCGCCAUCUCUCAGCUCACCUCUUACUCCUCCUCGUCGUACUCUUCGUCGUCGUCUUCCGCCUCCGUUUCGCCCACCUCGUCCUCGUCCUCGCCGCAGUCUCCCUCCUCGUCCUUCCUCCACCCGGCGGCGAGUCACGGAGGGCGGACCGCUCGGUCUUCCGAGCCCGGUACGCCGAGCGACGGCAAGAAAUUCAGCGCGACCGGUGCGUCACAAUGAUAACACAUCUGUUUUAAAACUGUUCAAGUGAAUCAGAAAGAGUCUGAAAACUUUUGAGCAAGCUUGUAUCACAUGGAAAAGCUUCAAUUAUAUCCAUUAUGUAAAGAUCGCAAUUCUAUUCAUCAUGUGAAACGAAUGAGACAUCGGUUUCAACUGAGAUUGACUUGGCGAAACAAGAUAUUUAGGCUGCGUUUAGACUGCAGGCAUAUCUGAUUUGAAUCUUAUUCCUCCUCAAAUCUGACUGUCCACACUAUCUUUAGCAAGUGUCCAAAUCGAAUUUGGUCCUGUUCAGACUGGGCCACAUUAUUGACACACCCUGACAGAUCAGGGUGGCAACGGAGGCAGCAUAGAGUGACAUCACAGACCGUCGAAACCGAUUUGCGCUGUUCAGACUGCGACGCUUCUUCAGACUACAAAAGAGUCAUCCAGUUUCAAUCUGGAUGGGCCAAUAAUCAGAUUUUAGCUGCCAGUCUGAACAAGGCUGCGUAUGUAGAUACAGUGGGGCAAAUAAGUAUUUAGUAUUUAGUCAACCACUAAUUGUGCAAGUUCUCCCACUUGAAAAGAUUAGAGAGGCCUGUAAUUGUCAA